AUGACGGAGCGGCCGCCGAGCGAGGCGGCACGCAGUGACCCGCAGCUAGAGGGACAGGACGCGGCCGAGGCCCGCAUGGCCCCCCCGCACCUAGUCUUGCUCAACGGCGUCGCCAAGGAGACGAGCCGCGCAGCCCCUGCGGAGCCCCCGGUCAUCGAGCUAGGCGCGCGCAGCAGCGCGGGGGGCGGCCCCGCCGGUGGGGGCGGGGCCGUAAGGGACUUAAAGAGCCGCGACGCGGUGGCAGCAGAAGCUCGCCCUCGAGUGCCCACCCCCGAGCUGUGCAGACCUCCCGGCCCCGCUCCGGCGCCUGUCCCCGCCUCGGCCCCCACAGAGCUGCCGGGAGACGGCCGCAUGGUGCAGCUGAGCCCGCCUGCGCUGGCAGCCCCUGCCGGCCCUGGCCGCGCGCUGCUCUACAGCCUCAGCCAGCCACUGGCCUCUCGCGGCAGUGGGUUCUUCGGGGAGCCGGAUGCCUUCCCCAUGUUUACCAACAACAACCGGGUGAAGAGGAGGCCCUCCCCAUAUGAGAUGGAGAUUACUGAUGGUCCUCACACCAAAGUGGUCAGGCGCAUCUUCACCAACAGCCGGGAGCGAUGGCGGCAGCAGAAUGUGAAUGGGGCAUUUGCUGAGCUCCGCAAGCUGAUCCCCACCCACCCACCAGACAAGAAGCUAAGCAAGAAUGAGAUCCUUCGCCUCGCCAUGAAGUACAUAAAUUUCCUAGCCAAGUUGCUCAAUGACCAGGAGGAAGAAGGCACCCAGCGUGCCAAGCCUGGCAAGGACCCUGUGGUGGGAGCUGGUGGGGGUGGGACAGGGGGUAGCAUGCCCCCUGAAGACCUUCUACAGGACGUGCUUUCCCCCAAUUCCAGCUGUGGUAGCUCUCUGGAUGGAGCAGCCAGCCCGGACAGUUACACUGAGGAGCCAACGCCCAAGCACACUUCUCGCAGCCUCCACCCUGCCCUGCUGCCUGCCACUGAUGGGGCUGGCCCCCGGUGA